UUUCCCCUUAUUUUUUGUGGCCUUCAAAGUUUACAUUUCAAGUUCUCAUUUUUUUUCUUUAAGGUUACUUAUAGGGGAGGAGCAGAUUUUCCAACUGCUCACAUCUCCUUGUCUUAUGUUUUUUGUCAAUCGUCCGUUUCUUAUCACUGUUCACAGUGAUAAGAGUCUCAAGUUUGCACCACUACUAAGGAAGCUGUGUUGGUAGUUCUUUUAAAAAAAUGACGAGCGAAAGUAAAUUGCAGCUGGUUUGUCUUCAAGAUUAUGAAGAACAUGCGAGCCAGAUUCUUCCACCGUUCGUUUUGGACUUUUACAGGGGUGGAGCCGAUCAAGAACAAACUCUUCGAGACAACCGUGAAGCCUUCAGACGAUGGCGAUUGAUGCCCCGAGUUCUUCGAGGAGUAGAACACCGUUUAAUGGCUACCACCGCGCUCGGGUACCCCAUGUCUGCUCCUAUUGGUAUUGCACCAACUGCAAUGCAGAAAAUGGCUCACGAAAUGGGCGAACUCGCUACUGCAAAAGCGGCAUCCGACGAAGGAAUUGUUUACGUAUUGAGUACUGUAGCCACUAGUACGAUUGAAGAAGUUUCCGAAGCGGCUCCUAAAGGCAACAACUGGUUUCAACUCUACAUCUACAAAGAUCGCCAGGUCACUGUCGAUAUGGUUCGGCGUGCGGAGCAGGCGAAUUUUAAAGCUCUCGUUGUGACCGUCGAUACUGUCAUUCUUGGCCGACGAUUAGCUACCGAGCGGAAUGAAUUAAGUGAUACAGGAAGUUCAUCGUCCAAUAAUUUUGUGGCUUCCCUAUUUGAUCCAAGUUUAACCUGGAAGGAUAUUAGCUGGCUUAAAAGUAUUACGAAAAUGCCAAUCGUGGUGAAAGGAAUUCUGAGACCUGACGAUGCUGAAUUAGCUGUUCAACAUGGCGUGGCGGCGAUUGCAGUUUCGAAUCAUGGCGGAAGGCAACUUGACGGAGUUCCAGCCACGAUCGAUGCGCUUCCUGCUAUUGUUAAACAAGUGAAUGGUCGCUGUGAAGUUUACGUUGAUGGUGGAAUCACCCAAGGAACGGAUGUGUUCAAGGCAUUAGCCCUCGGUGCACGCAUGGUUUUCUUUGGUCGCCCUACAUUGUGGGGUCUUGCACACAGUGGUGAAGCUGGAGUUGUCAGCAUUAUCCGUUUGCUGAAAAAGGAAUUAGACUUGGCUAUGGCACUAUCGGGCUGUUCUUCGGUUACGGACAUUGAUCGUUCCUUAGUUGUUCAUCAAAGCUUGUUUUCCAAUAUGUAACUCCAAGAGAAAGUAAAUUUAUUGGAAUUCCAAUCAUGUGGAUAUUGUGCAAUGGUGAUCAGCAUAUUCAAAACAGCAGACUUAAUAAAUAGUUUUCUUUGCUGAA